AUGCACAACAUCGCCGCAUCUCAGGCGUCACCUUCUGGUGUGGGCAUCUGCACUUUCUGCCAACAAAACAUUAUUGACUCAAACAAGCUCUGGGACUACCAUCAUGCAGAUGUCCACUCGGUAUGCUCUUCAAGUGCAGAAGGCUGUAUAUUCUGCGACCAGUUAUAUGGUGAUUAUGCAACAAAGCAGCUUGCCUUUCGUCACGCAGACUUGAAGGACUGGCCACUCUAUAGAUGGAGCAUUCGUAGACCUGGUAUGGUCAGGGAAAGUCUCGAGAAUCUUGUUCUCACGUUCCGUCCUACCAAUGAUCCUGUCAUAAAAGAUACCAGUUUAAGCAGUGAAGCCAAUUCAUUACAAGAGGAGUCGUUCCUCUUCUUUAGAGACACGCCUCUGGACACUUCUGACAGGAGACUAGUAGACCGUACAGACUCUGAGCAGUCGUGGACCCAAGCUAAUGACUGGCUCAAGGAUUGCAUUGCAAACCAUCCGAAAUGCCGUCAACUCAAGGAUACCGACACGUUUAUGCCAACGCGACUUCUUCGGAUUGACUGCCCAGAGCGGUCAAACAUCAAGCUAGUCAAGACGGCUAAACACAAAAUCAAAGAGCCAUAUGCGACACUGUCCCAUUGCUGGGGCCUGAAGUCAUUCAUCAACCUCACUCCGCAGAACAAGAAAUGGUUGAUUGAGACUGGCGUAAGCUGGGAUCGGUUACCACUCAAUUUCAAACAUGCAAUUCAGGUUGCGAGGAAGUUGGGACUUCGAUACAUAUGGAUAGACUCGCUUUGCAUCAAACAAGGACAUAAAGGCGACUUCGGUCACGAGGCAAAUCUGAUGCACAAAGUGUACCGCGGCUCGUCGUGCAACAUUGCGGCGACAGACUCCUCUGAUUCGCGCGGUGGACUGUUCCGCGAAAGGAAUGUCCGGGAUAUCGUUCCUACUAUAUGCCAGGCUACAGUCCACAGUGUGUCUUUUGGAGACAAGGCAUGGCGUGUGAUAUCAAAACGUUACUGGGAGACCCAAUUGCUUGACAAGACCUUAUACAGCCGAGCAUGGGUGUUUCAAGAACGCAUGCUUGCGCCGCGAAUCCUACACUAUUCUAGCGAUCAGAUCCUGUGGGACUGUGCAACUGUCAGUGCCUGCGAGGCAUUCCCAAUAGGUAUCCCAAAGUUCAUCGACACGACGGCCAAGAUCGACCGACAUUGGAGAAUGCGACUCCGAAACAACAGAUCACUCAAAUAUCGUCCUCUGUCGGGUGAAGAGGACGGCUCGAUGGAGAUAUUCUGGAAAUCGGCUGUAGAGAACUACUCCCGAUGCGAUCUCACCCACGGCAAGGACAAGCUAAAAGCCAUCUGGGGCAUAGCAAAACUCGUUCGUGACGCAAUCGGAGGUCAGAACUUUAUAGCUGGCCUAUGGUCCUACAGACUCGAAGAGCAGCUUGCGUGGAAUGUGAUUAGCCAUGAGCAGGGCACUGGACGGCCAACUGAACGUCCAUUUCCCCAUCGUCAGCCGAGCUGGUCUUGGGCAUCUAUGGAUGCGAUUAUCGAAGUGCAGACACGGUUUGGCCCUGAACGAACCUUUGUCGUUACUGAUCAUCUUGAUCGUAACAUCAAUACUCUAUUUGAGCACACAGCAACGCUUGAGAGAUAUCACAAGACACAUGAAAAAGACGAACACACUUGGAAAUUGGAGCUUGAAAGAAUGGGCAAGAGUCUCGCGGAGAUAACGAGGAUGUCUGGCAAGGAACGCAGAAACUCUCAACCACGGGACAUCGACGCCCAUCGGCAACAGCCCGAAGAAGAAGACAAAAUGCCUGAGUUGACGCCGUUUGGCCCUGGAAAAACCUCUUUCGUUACUGAGGAAGAAGAUCGUAACGAUAACACUCUACUCGAGCAUAGUACAACACUUGGAAGAGUUCAUAAGACACACGAGAAAGACCAGCACAACUGGAAAUUAGAGCUUGAAAGAAUAGACGAGAGCCCGGUAGAAACAGCGAGCAUGUCCAGUAAGGAAGAUAUCAACUCUCAACCAUCGGACAUUGACGCCCAUCGGCAACACCUCGAAGACGAGGACAUAAUGCCUGAACUGACGCCAUUGAAUUGGAGUAUACCGAUCAAAUGCAACAUUGGUGAAGCUCAGGUGGUGAAGUCUGACGAGAGCUGGAAAUGGACGUUUGGAUUCCACAGCUCGUUCCUGGUGUAUCCGGAUGUAGAUCCAGGGGCAAAGUCGUUCAAAUGCCUGUUUGCUACACUUGCGUACAGCGACGACGAGGAUUCGUAUUCAGGAUUGGGUAUACUCCUAAAUGCAGUCAAGGACACCAAGGACCGCUACUACCGAUGCGGAUCAUUUCGGUUCGAGGCUGUGGACGAGAUAUCAUUCAACACGAUGCGAGAGCGGUAUAUCGGGGUCACGGAAGAGGAUGGGUCCUUGAGCGAGGAAAUGCAUAAGAUAUGGUUAGAUUGA